UUUGCAUGUCCGGCCGCCUGUGCCAAUGGGCGCACUGGGAAGGCUGGGUUAGCGGGUGGAGCCGGGGGAAGCAGCCCAGUAAGUGCACAGUCAACAACCAAAGCAUCCGAGAUUACUACAGACAGGCUGCACCAAUUCUCUCCGAAACACCCCGCGAAUUCCCGACUCUUAGCUUCUGUUUUCCCAUUUCGCUUUGAAUGCAUGAGUAAGACAGAACGUCGCUGUAAAUCCUUUUUUUUUUUUUUUUUUUUUUUUUUUCUUUUUUAAAUCCGUGCGGCGACCGCCGCGUUGAUUUGCGGCUCCGCGUCGACCCCAUACAUCGCCGUACGGUGCGGAUACAGAAGGUUUUUGUGAAAUUGCAUUCAUCUGGCUAACGCGUUCCCGUGCGGGGUCCUGGAAUUACACAGAGGAGGAGCGGGGAGCCGACCAUCCGUCGUUCUCUUGGUACCAGGGAGCACGUGACCCCGGAAAUGAACAAGCUUCGUCAGAGCCUGAGGAGGAAGAAGCCCACCUAUGUGCCAGAAGCCAGCAGACCCCAUCAGUGGCAGGCUGACGAGGAGGCUGUACGCAAGGGCAAAUGUAACUUUGCAGUAAGGUACCUGGGGCUGGUGGAGGUGGAGGAGUCGAGAGGGAUGCAUGUAUGCGAGGAGGCGGUGAAGAAGCUAAAAGUUAGUGGGAAAAAGACAGUGAAAGCAGUACUGUGGGUUUCAGCUGAUGGACUCAGGGUGGUGGAUGAUAAAACCAAGGACCUCAUUGUGGACCAGACCAUAGAGAAGGUUUCAUUCUGUGCUCCCGAUCGCAACUACGACAAGGCCUUCUCCUACAUCUGCAGAGAUGGGACGACGAGACGGUGGAUGUGCCACUGCUUCAUGGCUCUAAAAGACUCGGGGGAGAGACUGAGCCAUGCAGUGGGCUGUGCCUUUGCUGCCUGUCUGGAGAGAAAGCAGCGCAGGGAGAAGGAGUGCGGCGUGACAGCUUCCUUUGACGCCAGUCGCACCUCAUUUGUGCGUGAGGGCUCCUUCCGCGCCAACUCUUCCUGCAGCCAGCACGUCAGCAUCAACGAGCGGGAUGAUAAGCUGCAGGAUAAGAAGAAAGACCAACCCUCUGCUAUCCCAGCCCUCCCACCUGGCACGGCCUCCCCACCCGAGGGUGCAGCGUCCCCCAUGGAGCGGCCAGAGCCGGGCGGGCCUCAUGCUAUCCCCCGCCGCCACGCGCCCAUUGAGCAGCUGGUGCGUCAAGGCUCGUUCCGGGGAUUUCCAGCCCUCAGCCAGAAGAACUCUCCCUUCAAGAGGCAGCUGUCGCUCCGCCUCAACGACCUGCCAUCCACACUGCAACGCAAGACGGACUUCGAGACCAAGAACCCUGAGAUGGACAUGGGAUUGCCAGACGAAGGAGACAGUAGUAUUAAUGCCCUGUGUUGCCAGAUCAACACCUCCUUCACCAAGCCAUCGGAAGAGCUCUUCUCCAACCCCUCUAUGUCUGCAAAUGGCCCACCGAGCUGCACUGUGCCUCCUAUUUUGCCUCCACCACCCGCACCAAUGCAGGCCACGUCCUCCUGGGUGCAGCCGGAACCUGCACUCCACUCUCCCCCUGCGGUUUCCGUGGCGAUGCAGAUGCAGAUGCAGAGCGGUCACAAGCGAACUCCCUCCGAGGCCGAAAGAUGGCUAGAAGAGGUCUCUAAAGCUGUCAAGGCCCAACAGACCCCUCCCCCAGGACCCACCAUCCCCACCAUCCCUGGACCGCCCUCCAUGUCCAGUCAUCAGAUGUCCAGUCAGGCAGCCAUGUCAGCUCCUCCUGUAUCCACUGUUCCCAUGUCCCUUGGCACCAUGGCCAAACCUCUUAUCUCAGGCCCCUGUGCUCUUGCAGGUCAGCCUCCAAUGCCCCUCGCACCCAUGUCGAUAUCAUCUGUCCCUCUAAUACCAGGUCCCCCAGUGUCAGGACCUCCCAUGUCUCUUCCAUCCAUGUCCAUCCCUACUAUGUCAGGUCCGAGCAUGUCCGGGGCGCCUAUGAUCCAAGCCUCCCUCCCUGGACCCCCAGGCUCCCUCCCCAGCUCCAUGCAGCCAUUCCCCUUGGCGUUCGAUGCCACUCCAGCCCCAGUGGGAAUGUUCCCCAGUCAGCCAGUCCAACCUGCAUUUGUGCCCAUGCAGACCUACAUGCCAGGUCUGGCAAGCAGUAUGACCUAUCCCACCGCCAGCGUGCCUGUGGUGGGCAUCACACCGUCGCAAAUGGUGGCCAACGUCUUCUGCACUGCGACGGGCCCACCAGGUGGGGGCAGUGCUUUGGGCUCCGCCGGAGGGGGAUCCAAAGUGGCUGCGAUCGGAACAGUCGGUCAACACCAUUCCUAUACGGGAGCGUCUGGAGUCGUUGGCCACACCGGAGGAUUUUCAACACCUCCGUUCUCUUCCACCCCACCAUUAUCAACAGCAAUUAAUGGUAUCCCGCCGCAUGGCAGCGCUUCAAUGGCUCUCCAAAACGGGACCUCCAGCAGUGGAGGUAAUGGUGGCAGUAGCAGCUGGCCGCCGGAGGGCAGCCAGCUAACGGCUCCAGUGGUCAGUGAUUCUCAAGAUGACGACCGUUUUGAGGCCAAGUGGGCAGCACUGGAGACAAAAGCACCUCAGCAGCCGGGGAACAAGGCGCCAGCCGCUGCAGCAAACCCAUUCUCCAACAAUCUGCAAAAGACUUUUGAGAUUGAGCUCUAAGUCAGACUUGGCCUCCCAAAGCUGUAGCACUAGUCCUGGAGUUAAAGCCUGAGAAAGCCAGGCACUAAUUCCAGCAUCUUUGCUUAGAAUGAGAUGCAGGUCCCUAAAGUUAGCCCAGCAUCCGGCCCUCGGCAGCCUAGCAAUUUGCUAAAAGCUCUCACUGGAGUCAGUACUCUAAUGAUCUUAAUUGCUUUCUUUACUCAUCCAUGUGGGAAAGAGAAGAAUUUAGCAGCUUGCUGGGCUGCAUUUGGAGGAUCAGGUGACUUGAUGGACUCGAACCUUCCACUCCACCCGCUUCCUGCUUCUCGUCCCUGCUCUCACUUCUUCACUCUGGCUUUACUUUACCUGCUGCAGGUCCCUGGAUGUACUGCACGUGCCCCCUCUGAGAACAUUGCAGGAAGGGACACACUUCAGUGGUUUCUUUCUUUAAAGGGGGACUCUGCUCGGAUGCAUUCCAACCCCAAUGAGAUGCUUUUUGCUUGAUUUUUGCUGGGGACUAUAGCAGAUUCUGUUAUAUCACAUGAUGUGCAGAGAAGCAGGGAAGCGAUUUGUGAUGAACGGACCGAUGCUGAUCUUAGCCAAGCACGACAGAAGUUUGGAUACCUGAAAGGACAAGCCAAUGAUGUGAGCCUCAACCCUACCAACCCAAAAAAAAGACUUACUGACCAAUAGUAGAGAUUUAUGGCCAAAAUUAAUUUUAUUUAUUGUAUUUUAUUUUUUAUUUUAACAAGUUACGUGUACUUAAAAAUCACAGUUUUAAAGCAGUGUUUCAGGAGCAUGUUGGACUUUAUUAUUUUUUUAAUCCCCUAUAUUUAUUUUUGUUGAAUCGUAAAAAGUAGGGAAACUGCAUCUAGCAGACAGGUAACAGGUGUGACUGAGCAGUUGUAGAGACAAGACUGAAUCAUGUAACAGGAACCAAAUAGCCAGGGCUAACAGUACAGCUGUGUAAUGUGACAUGGGUGACAAGUGUAUAUAGCGGCAUGUUUCUUCCACCCGUUAGCCCUCACAUACAGUUAUCUAUGCUCCGCUGCCACUGAGGCCAGUUCAGUGGCUUCUCUUCGACUGUGUAGCUCCGUUUCUGUUGCUUAUGCCUGGCUUCCAAGGCACUGGGACAUGAAAAAUCACUUCAGGAUAUCUAGCACAUAGACACUCUGGACAACAGAGCACAACAGUCCUUUGGACUUCAUCUUCACCAAACCCAAGGAACUUUAACAACUCAGUGGAAAUAAAAUAAUAAAAAAAAAAACUCUACAACACUGUGCAACUGGUUAAAAAAAUAAUGCACUACAUUCCGACACUCAUAAAUCCUUUUAUGCGAUCAAACACAGGGUAUAGUCUCAUCACACACAGUGUGAGUGUGCGUUCACCUCUACUGUGCUACUGUAACGUUUGCAGCAGUCACGGCCACGAGAGGUGAAAGGACAAGAGGAACGUGAGCAGACGUAGAUUCAGACACGGGGAGUAAAAGAACCGAGAGCAGCGAAGGAUUUUUCUGAUGUUAAAUGUAACAGAGAAAACAGUGUAAGAGUAGAAAGUUAGAUUGCUAGAAGAGCUGAUAGAGGAAGGAAAAGCUGUAUGUGAGAGACUGAAGGAGAGAACGGAGCUAUAUCUUUACAGAACGAGACGGAGGAAGUCUGAAGGAAGGAAGGAAGAUUAGAUAAGAUGUGAGAAAACGAGAAAGAUUGUGUGAAAAUACAGAGAACAAAGACUUCAUUCAUCACGUAGCACUGUCUUGUUCUCCUAAGGCUGUGCUGCUUUCAUUUCAGCGUCACAUUCCUCAACUCUUAAAACCUCAAAAACAACCCCUCGGAUCAUACUUAAAAAAAAGACGUUGCUUAUUAUAUAAUUGCAAUUUUUUUUCCUGAUGACGUGCAACUUAGUUAAAACUCCAAUACAGUCAACAAAGCUUUCUGUGUUUUGACUUAUGAAUCAUGUAAGUUUGUGUCUUCUCAAAAGGGACACUUUCCAAAAGCUCGAGCAGAUUGUUCUUUACUGAAGGGCUUUAUCACGCAUUCUUUCUGUAUGUUAUAUAAGUAGCAGUCUGACCAGAGAUGCUCCUGUUACCGUUCCUUGGAAAUUGAAUUGUAUGGAUAUGGACGGCCCCUGAUUAGAUUUCCUGUUCAUUAACUCCCCACAGUUUAAUUCGCUUGCAGAGCUGCUUCCUGUGGCAGUGAUUCCCUCUGGUAGACUGACUUUUCGGAGGACCUAAAUUUAUGACCCACCUCUGACCCUCCCAGGGGUUAAGUCCAAACUUCUCUCUCUAUCUUCCUUUUUUCCACAAAGCAGGGCCGAUUCACUCAUGAAAUUGAUGCUUUUAUUUCUGUGGAAAUAUAUAUUUUAGCCCUCGACUCUCGUUUGCACGCCCUCCAAAUUCUAAAUGUAGGUUAAUUGUGUUCCGCGUUAAAGCAAACUAAAUGACCUCAUAAACUUGAUUGUAAAACCAUAGUUUAGUGAUGGUAACAAAGCAAACCAGUGGAGUUUAUUUUUAAUCUUUAUUUACAGAAUUUUUGUAUUUAAACCAACAUAUUUGUAUUGUAAUUACAUUGUACAAAAGAUAAAUAAAGUAAUAUAAUAUUA